CUUCUUAUUGUAGAACUCUCAUUGAUAUUCUUUAUAAUUUAACUAGGAUAUGAAACAUGAUAAAAUGAAGAUGGAGCAACUUCAUGGACCGUCCCCACUGGAUCCUUACUUGCUACCCCCACAGAAGGAACUGAGGAGUCCAUACAAGUCCAUGCCAGGCCCUGGUAAACAUGAGGUACCGGUCCCUUCUAGUUACUGGGAUGCUGCCCAGAUCCUCCAGCAAGUGAAGGAGAACAGAGUCACAUUGGAGGCCAAUCUGGAGGCUGUGUUUAGGACAAGGCAGGAGGCCGAGGUCUAUGCCUUGAUGGAGAAUCUUUACCAAGAGGGGAAUAAUGCAGAUAUGCUGAGAAUCAGGAAAAUGGUAGACAAAAAGAUAGCUCUUCUGCAUUCCCAGGUGGAGAGAGAAGUUACAGAUGAUGUGAUUUUGGCUGAACUACAGAAAAAGGAAGCCCCAGUUCUGAUCAAGCCCAACACCAUUGGACAGCAAAAAUCUGCCCCAUACACCCAGAGGGCUACAGCAAGGGGCAGAGUGGGGGCAAAGAUUGACACUGGGCUCAGCAAAAUUAAGGGUCCUAGCUUUGGUCCACCACCCAGUAAGGCUGUGAAAGGGAAAGAAAUUAAACCAUCAACCACUACAAUAUUUAAACCACCCACUGCAAAGCAGCCAAAGAUAAGGUCUGUCUUUGAGGAUGAGGAAUACAUGACUAAAGUUUAUGGGAAAGCCUCUUAUCAAAACAAGAGAACCACAGUCAAAGAUCCAUACCUACAUUACCAGAAUGUACCCAAACCAAAGCCAGACAGGCCUGCUGGGGCACCUGAUAUGUCCACUGCUCAUUUGGUCAAGUCAUCUAAGACCCAGACUACCCCAGGGAUAAAACAGUUUUACUUCAGUCCUACCCAUGGUACAUACAUCCCUGUUACCUCAGCAGAGCAUGCUCCCAUACCAGGACAGUUGGUACCCAUGGCAGUGCCCCUUGGUGGUCCUCGAAUAGACAGUGGACUAACCUACUCUGCCCCACCUCCUCCUGGGCCCCUCACUACCUCUACCCCUGCCUCCCAGCCUCCAGUGUCAGCCCUGAAGAAUGUUGCUGUCGUAUCUGUUCCAGUAGUGGAUGACCUUAGGAAGCCUCCAGAACCUGAACUUAGCAAACAGGUUCUACCUAGUGUAGAUAUAGACACUGACAUAUCAGAAACUUCACCGAUUCCAAAAUCCCGCCCAAGAUCUCCAUCACCAGACAAACUCCGGUCCUUGUCCCCAGAGAAAGACAAUGUGAGUCUGAGUCGAGCCUCCACACAACAUGGGGAGGUACAGCUGAGGUCCCCCAGCAAAAGCAGGCUAGAGGUCACUUUCCACAGAGAGGAAGAUGAGGAGACCCUCACUGAUGUUUCUGGAGACUUGAACCCAGAGGAUGCUCCUGGCAUUGCCCUGCCAGGGUACCACCCUCCCUCCCCACCCCCAAUUGAGUCCAGACAACCUGUGUUCCCCCAGCAAAGGCUGUUGGAUUACAAUGCCCCAGUUGUGUCUGAUGUUUUAGCAGAAGACAUUCGAAGAAGGGAUGAUCUGGAGAAGAGGGCUGAAGAAUGGCUCCAGCAGGAGUUGCUGGCAAAGAUGAUUUCUGAGCUCUGUCCAACUGAGGUGGAAGAGGAACCUCCUCCUGGUCUUCCACAUUUUGUGGAUGAGGACUCCAUACAGAGUGAGGUGGAGGACAAGGAACAGUCUAUGUUUGUGAUGGACUCGAUUGGCAGAGCUGGCAUGCAGUUAUUUGUGGACGUUGGUCAGCCAGUGAACACUGACCUUGUCAACAGUUUGAUCCGUGAGGUCCUGGUGGAGAAAGUGGUCACCGCGUUGGGACAGCGACCAUCGGAUGAGAAGGAGACAGAACAGAGAGUCGUUCCCAAAUUAUCAGCCACUGUAGAUGAGGACAAAAUGGGAACCACAGAACCAUCCCCAAGGGAGUAUUUGUAUAGCCCAGACCAGAUAGAGACACCCCAGCCUACCCCAAAAGCCACCCCCAUAGCCUCUCCAACCAGGGUUGUAUCUCCUCCAGUAACACCAGAGCUCUCCCCUCUACCUUCCCCAAGGCAAGAGAUGGUGAGAGUGGAACCACCCCCACAGCCUGUAAGACUUCCACCACAGCAAGAGGCCGAGUCAGAAAUAUCAGAAUCUUUGGAUCUCAGUGAAGAGCUCAGAAUCCUGAGACAAAAAUUGGUUGUCCCUGUGACUACUGAGUCAGUAGCAGAAGUGCAUGAAAUUGAAACCCCUGUACCAACUCCAAUCCCUGAAGAGGAGCCCCCUCAAGAGAUCAAGCCAAUAUCCCCUCCCCCACCCACUCCAAGACCCGUGGAAUCUCCCUCUAAGGCUGUGGAAUCUCCCCCUGUUGAGGUUAAGCAAGUGGAACCUCCCAAGAUGGUCCAGGAGGAGACUGCUGUUAAGAAACCAGAGGAGGUUACUGAGGAGACAGAUAAAAAUCCACAGCCAUGGGGAAACCCAGAGUCACCCCGCCCAGAGGAAAACCCAGAAUACAGGGAUGAAAUGGAACCAGACCAACCAGCACCUAUGAUUAUGCAACCACCAGAGAGCAAUGUAACUCAGGAGGACAGAAGAUCUCCUUCUCCCAAGAGAAAAAAAUCACCUGUCCGUCAGCCUAGCCCCGCCCCCUCACUUACAGAGAGCGUCUCGGAGUCAUCAAUCUCGGACACCAUUAACCAGAGUGUGUCAGAGGGACAGUGGCUUCUUAACAAGAGCGAGGGAGAAGUGGCAGACUUUCCCAUAGAUGAAGUAACAAGACAGCGGGCCUUACAGAAAGCUUUGAGGCUGAGAGCUGAACAGAGUAUGGCAAGCACACUCAAAGAUACCUCAGAAAUUCCUGAUGAGUCGACAGAAUUUCCCAUUAGUGAGGGAGAAUUCCAAUACAACCCAGCCAUUGCUCCAGAAAAGGACCCUGUACUUUUGUUACUGUCGAGACUACAGCAUGGUCCUAUCCACCCUGGACAGCUGGACAUGACAUCAGCACAGGUCUCGGAUAUACUGGACUACACAGGCACCAGCACUGGUGACCUCAGUAUAAACCAGUUGAGGGCCUCAGUUGACAGGAGUAUGGGAGAAGUCCGCCCAAAGAAGCACCGCAGACAACAUGCCUCUCCUGAAAGGGAUUAUGGGAAAUAUGCCUCCCCAGAACGGGAUUAUGGGAAAUAUGACUACGGCAGACAAUUGCGAUCUCCGUCUCCUGACCAGACAGGAAGACAGUCUCCAAGUAGAGGAAGAGUGUCCCCUGGUUAUCGUGAAACUUCUGGAAGAAAAUCUCCCCACAGAGGACAUGAAUAUGAUGAGGGAGGUAGAAGAUCUCCAAGCAAAGGAAGAGCAUCUCCAGAGAGAGGGUAUGGUGGCUAUGAAAGAAGAGGAAGAGAUGCCCCUCACAGAGAUUGGCAACAAAGGGAUCAGCGAGAUGGGUGGUAUUCCCCACAGAGAGACCAGCGAGAUGGGCGGUAUUCCCCACAGAGAGACCAGCGAGAUGGGAGAUAUUCCCCACACAGAGACCAGCGAGAUGGGAGAUAUUCCCCGCAGAGGGACCAACAGGGCAGGCGAUCUCCUCUCAGAUCUAGUUUAGAAAGUGGAAGAAAGUCUCCCAUGAGAGUUUCAUAUGAAAUGGAUUCUGAAGGCAGAGAUGUUGAAAGAUAUAUUGUGGAAACUACAACCACUACAACCAAGAAAACAACAAGGACCCCUCCUCAUGGUACCCCCAGUAGAAGGACCCCCACCAGAACCAUGACUCCAGGGGGUGUGUCCCUAGGAGGGAGCCUGACCAGUGGACGAAGGUCUCCAGUGAAAUCUGCCUUGAAGAAACCCCCACAAGCCACCAAGUCCCCAGGGUUACCAGAUAAAUCGGUCACCAUGACAGGACCAAGGACAUACCCACUGCCUGGGUCUGAUGAACAGAGGGGCUCACAGAGUUUGAGUGACAAGGGAACUCGAGCCUUUACACCAGACCAAAUGAACAUGGAAGAAUUGUUACAAUCUGGGUAUCUUUCCCAGACCUUCAGUCAGUCCUCCACUGGGAGAGUUCCCUCCCCUGAGCACCCCCAGAGACAGCUUAGUCCCACCCGUCUCAGCAAGGACAAGAAAUCUCUAGGAAUGACAUACUCAUUUGAAUCUGAAGGAGGUGCUGCAAACUCAUUCAGCGAAUCGGAACUCCGACGACUCGCAGAUUCUGAUUCACUGAAGAUGUCUGUGACCUUGCCCUCAAUGGAUGAUUCUGAAUUUCUCUAAUUCUAUUUUGUGUGUUUGGAAUCUGAAUUAAUAUUUAUAAAAGUAAAUUAGAAUGCAAAUUGCUUAAUAUAUUCUGUUUUAUGCUAGAGUCUCAAUAUUUUUUGUAUAUCCUGAUUUAUUAUUUUACAAAUUACAAUGUACUUUAUUUAUUUGUACAUUUUAGAAAGUUUACCUAUAUUUAAUGCAGAUAAAUGUAAUUAUAUCCGUAUGAAAAUUCAGAUCUGAUCAAAUCACUCAGAUUUCUGUGAUGUGUGUAAAUUAUUAUCCGUCCAGACUGUAGAGGUUUUUUUUGUGUUUUAUGUUUUUUUUUUAAUUGGUUAGAUUCUUUUGUAGUGGUAAGAAAUGUACAUCAUAAUACAUGUAAUGUAUUGCUGAAUGUGAUUAAGGAGGAAGCAACCAUCAGUACACAACUGAACACAGUAUCUCAAAUUUUUAUAUUUAAUAAAAGUGUGAUUCUGACCAAAUCAUCAAUUAGAAUUUUAACUCUGAAUAUUUCAAAAAUACAAAUAUCUUGUAGCUUUUCAACAGUACUUCCAGAUAUUGAAGUUUGCUUGUAAUAGUAUUUUAAUUGUAUUUAACUUGACUUAUCAUGUUAUCAAGUUAUUAUGUGACCUUUUCCUGUUAAAGAUUGAGCUAUACAUGUAGGUGAAAGAUACCCCAGUACAAUUAGUAGUUAUCUCAUGUAAAGUUACUAUCCUGUAGAACAGUGUACUAGUUGUUCUUUGGACCAUUUAUAAUAAAUAUAAAACAAUUAA